CUAUUUUCAAAUUAAGCGCUGUAGUUUACUUUUCUUUGGAACUUUCGAAGUUUGAAGAUUCCCAUCCUCUAUCGUAAAGAUUACUCAACAUAAUUCAUAGGUUAAAAUAACAGCGGCCAUCUCCUUUCUGACGCUACGUUAAUGGGCCGUUCGCGUAGCAGAUCACUGUCUAGUGGUCACAAGUCGAAACCUAGACGGUACAGAAGCCGUUCGCGCGAUAGAAUCAAAGAGCGUGACAGGUAUCGUGACAAAGAACGCGAUAGGAUACGCAUAAGAGGGAACGAAAGGUCGUAUCGGGACCGUCAUCGUCAUGACAGAAGACGGAGAAAAAGAAGUUCGACAGUGUCAAGCUACGAUAGUGAAGCAGAGAGGCGAAAUCGAAAAUCAAAAAUGAAGGAAAUAGAUAGGAAAAUAGAAGAGGCUCGAAGGAAAGAAGAAGCUGAAAAACGUGCUCUGGAGCAACGAGAAAAAGAACGACGGUUGCAGGAGGAACGUGAACGGGAGGCGGAAGCAGCCAGGCAGUUAGAAGCUCGUGUUACAGAGGCUUUCGAAGCUGCUUUAGUAGAUAGGGCUGAAGACCUCCAGGCUGAAUUGGAAAGAAGAUAUCAAGCGGAAAUUGACCGGAGAGUUAAGAAUAAACUAGAUGAGAUCGAACGUGAAUACCAAAGCAAGCUGGAAGAGCAGAGACGUAUGGAGGAGGAGGAAAAACGUAAACAAGCAGAAUUGGACAAAAUACUUGAAGAGAAUAAUCGCAAACUCAUGGAAGCUAGGCGUAGAGAGGACUAUUACCUACAGCCGAUUAACGGAUCUGCAUUAUAAGGUUCUGUAUAUAUAAUUUUUCUUGAUAAAACUUAUUCUUCUGUACCUUCAUUUUCAUUUACCAAAUAAAAUAGUUUAUCAAAAUCA